UAGUAGCGAUCUUCAGCAAUCAGGCGUAGCAAAUGUCGGACGAGACAUCGUUCACCUCGUCGUUGGGGUGUUCGGAAGACGAGACGGCCCGGCAUCGGCGAUGUCGUCAGAGCUAUGACCUUGUGAAGCAGAAAGCAUUGGAACGAGCUCUGUUAGCUCUCACCGGAGCCAUACAGCUUGCCGUUUCAAGCAGCAUUACAAGAUGUUCGCCAGCAGACUCUUCCGGCCGGCACAGCAGCUGUCGAGCCACGUGCGCCGGUACGCAACCGAGCCCCCCAAAAGCGGCGGCAACAACACCCUCCUCUACUCAGCCCUUGCCGUAGCAGCCGUGGGCGGAGGUGGAGGCUACUAUUACUACACCCAACAGCCGACCGGUGCUUCUCCGAGGAAGGAACAACAUGGCGAGGGUCACGAGUCGGGUGCCCACGGCCAACCCGCCAGCAAGACCGAAGAGCGCAACAUCCCUGCAACGACGGGCGGUGAGAUCAAGGGGGUGAAGUGCUUUCAGGGCGGGGAGCAAGGCUUCGUGAGCCUGGUGUUGGAUCACAUUGAGAACGUCAACCACAACACGAAGAAGUUGCGCUUCAAGCUGGACGACGACGACUCGACGAGCGGGCUGAAUGUGGCGAGCGCGCUGCUCACCAAGUACAAGGGCCCGGAGAUGGAGAAGCCUGUCGUCAGGCCGUACACGCCCACAAGCGAUGAAGACGCCAAAGGCUUUCUCGACCUUGUUGUGAAGAAGUACCCGAACGGACCCAUGUCCACUCAUCUCCACGACAUGAGCGUCGGCCAACGCCUUGACUUCAAAGGCCCAAUCCCAAAAUACCCGUGGUCGCCCAACAAGCACGACCACAUCGCCCUCGUCGCCGGUGGCACAGGCAUAACGCCCAUGUACCAGCUCGCCCGCGCCAUCUUCAAGAACCCGGAGGACAAGACCAAAGUCACGCUCGUCUUCGGCAACGUCAGCGAGGAGGACAUCCUGCUCAAGCACGAGUUCGAGGAGCUGGAGAACAACUACCCGCAGCGAUUCCGGGCGUUUUAUGUCCUCGACAAGCCGCCGGAGGGGUGGCAGCAGGGCAAGGGCUUUGUGACAAAGGAGUUGUUGCAAACGGUUCUGCCCGGACCGAAGGAUGCGAACGUCAAAGUGUUUGUGUGCGGGCCGCCGGGAAUGUACAAGGCCAUCUCGGGCCCGAAGAAGUCGCCGAGUGAUCAGGGCGAUUUGGGCGGGUAUCUGGCGGAGCUUGGAUACACGAAGGAGCAAGUGUACAAAUUCUAGAGUUGUGCCAGAGUGUGAUGGGUGGCAAAGGCAAUGUAAGAUGGUAUAGAGGAAGCCAACAUCCGUUCGGAAGCGAGAACGUUCUUAGCAUUCCCAUCUCGUCUACUAGCCCUUGUGUUCUAAGCAGCCGAUACUGAGCCGUGACGUGUGUUCACACCAUCGUCGCUCGAGGUGUGGCAAUCACGAAGCUUGAAACAAUGGCAAGACAUACAAGUCACCGACCCACGUCUUGAUGUACUUGUCCUGCACACAAUCGCAGUCGACAUAGCCGUCAUCACUGCCUCCCUCACAUUCCACUGAGUCCAGGUAGCCUGAAGCCUCCGGUCUUG